AUGGGCCUGGAAGAUGAAGAAGAUGACUCUCGCCCCCAGCUUGACGAUGCAAACAUGGACCCUGGCCGGGAUGACGAUUCCACUGAUGAUGAAGAAGACGAAGGAACGAGGACCUCCAGCACUAAGGAUCGGGACAAGUGGGUGGUGAAGCUUCAGUUCAAACAAGACGGAGAGGAAAGGGAAGGAACCGGUUUCUAUGUUAAUAUGCCACAUCCGACAAAUUAUGUGAUCUUGACUGCUGGCCAUAAUCUCGUCGGCGUGAAGCGAGAGGACCUAAAGAUAUCCUCGGAGUCUCCAGAUAAACCAUAUCUCAAGGCAUCCGCAAUCUACGUCUCUGCAGCGUACGCGAAGAAAAUGCAAGAAGAGGACGAUUACGGCGUCAUCUUGGUCCCAAAGAAUCCGAAUCGUCCUUAUUGGGGUUUCGGGUUUGCUCUGAAGCGUGGCCACGAUGAUCUUCUCCACAGCUCGCUCGUCCUCUAUGGUAUAAAAGAGUCUGACGACGGCUAUGAACAAACUAUGAGUAACGGCAUAUGCGUUGAUUGCAUGCCUGAUCAGCUUGAAUAUAAACUCGACACAAACAAAGGUUUCAGCGGGUCGCCCGUGAUCAUGCCGUAUAAAGACCUCGAUACGGCGGUUGCUAUUCACAACUAUGGUCACAACCUCAAUGAAGCAGCCAGAGGCUCUCGGAUCAAUGAGAAGAUGCUUAACGAGAUCUGUGGUUGGCUCAACAUUGGCUUCUUCUCCAAGGCCAUCCAGGCUUCCAUCACGAAUAAAGUUCGACUGGACCAGCGCCUAUAUCUUAUCUUCAUCGAGGAUAGUGACCGCGCAGUGGUAAGGCUCGGCUACGAUGAGGAAUCUGUCACAAAGUUUGACAUUCUGCCCGCCUACGCGCCGCCGUCAAAUUAUGACUUUCCCAAUGACUUUCGCUAUACCUUCCGCCUCAGUCCGAAAACAGGCUCGCUUCCAGACGAACGAUGGGUGCUCUGGAACGCCGAUAGACACACCGUCAGCUUGACCAGCAAAUUGAGGGGAUUUUGCGCUGCUACACUUCUCGAGUAUAAGGCGCCAAAACCAGGACAACCAGAGAUGAGGGCCGAUCAAAAGUUCUACUAUAUUCACCUCGAAAUGACUAACCACCAAGGAGAGUCCACUGAAUUGAGGGAGCUUCGGAUGAGAGCCGCGGAUCUUACCGCAAGGGACCUUCGUAUGAAGACGUUCGAGACACCUGAGAUUUUUUUUGCGAGACACAAGCGAGGAAAGUACUUGUUUGGAAAGAUUCCAUGUAAGCCAGGAGCUCCUAGUAAGCCUGCGUCGGAAAGGGAGGAGCUUGAUUUCAACUUGUUUCGCUUUUUCUCUGGAUGA